CCUGCGGGCGUCACGAUGAUUGGGUACCAUCGAUCGUCUCGGUAAUGACGUUGCCUGUGGACUCCACGUCAGCUGGGCUUAAAAUGGCCGAGGCGGAGAGUGAAUCUAAACAACCGCUGUUUUCAGAUUUGGCUGAUGUAUCGAUAUCAAAUGAUGUCCCGGUGGAGGGGCAAAUCACAGUUCCUGUUAAUUCCCAGUCACAGGAAGACGACUAUUCUACUCUGGAUGAACCAGUCAAGGAAACAAUUAUGCGAGAUCUGAAGGCUGUUGGGAAGAAAUUUGUCCAUGUUAUGUAUCCUAGAAAGAGCAGUACUCUCCUUAGAGACUGGGAUCUGUGGGGUCCUCUCAUACUAUGUGUUUUGUUAGCAAUGUUGUUACAGGGGAGCUCUGUUGAAAGUAAACAUGAUGGAGGCCCACAGUUUGCUGAGGUGUUUGUCAUUGUCUGGUUCGGCGCAGUCGUCAUUACAUUAAACUCCAAGCUGCUUGGUGGCACAAUCUCUUUCUUUCAAAGUCUCUGUGUGCUGGGCUAUUGCAUAUUACCACUCACAGUAGCUUUGAUAAUCUGCUCUCUCAUUCGCCUGGCUCCACACUCAAGUACGUCAGAAAUCCCAGUAUCAGUGGUCAUAAUUCGCUUUAUUGUCGUGCUGGCUGCUUUUGGCUGGUCAACAUUUGCCUCAACAGCAUUUCUAGCUGAUAGCCAGCCACCUAAUCGCAAGGCCCUUGCUGUUUACCCGAUAUUUCUUUUCUACUUUGUGAUCAGUUGGAUGAUCAUCUCCAAUGCAUCUGCAUGAGGCAGUUAUCUUGAAAGUGAGGACGAUGAAGUAUAAGUGAUUUCAAAUAAUUUCUGUAUGGUUUUUGGAGACUGGUUAUUUGAGAGGCAGCUCGCUAUGCAGCAAGGAGAUCAAGAGUCAUUGAUAUUUAGUUUGUAUAUUAUUGAAUGUACAGUGAUUCUAAGAAUCUGUAAAAGAGGUGAUUAACCGAACUCUUGUGGACUCCUGGGGAAAUUUAUUAAUUGAAGCUGUGGAAUUGAACUGCAGUUAGAGACUCUUAGAGAUCAGAAUUAUAUUAUUCUUUUGGUUCUAUGCAUAUUAUCUUUUUCCUCAAAUGUGAAGGAAUUUAACUUGAUUUGAAAUCUAGUUCCAAAGUAUUUUAAUUUAUUGUGUUAAUUGAAGGCGUAUUUAAAAAGGUUGAUUUAAAUUUUCUGUAGGAAUUUUCUUGGAGAUUUCCCAAAAUACAUUACGAGCUAAACAUAAAGAUAAUUAAGAUCCAAGUUUCCAUCAUGAUCCAAACUAAGGUAACUAACUGACUGCAGCUGAUACGCCAGUACAUAGUAUUAUUGGCCUUGCGGUGAAUAACUAAAUAGUGGGAAGUCAUCCAUAAUUUGUUUAACAUCUAGUGAUUUCAGUGAUCGAAGUGUCAGGAUAGGGUUUGAAAAGUGAUAAAUCUGGUGAGCAUUAUUACCUUAGUUCGUACACAGAAUGGAAAUUUUUACAAUGAGUUGGAGGAUCUUGGUUGCGCAUAGUUAUAUCCUGUGAAUAUUUGGUGCCUUCUAAGGAUGGAUAAAUUGAGAAUGGAACUUUUCAUUUGGAGGUGCCAUUGUGCUAUGAGCAAGGUUGAAAAAGUAUGAACUUUUCCUGGAUACAGAACCAGGUUAAAUAAUUGGAAUGGAGGUUUUAUUCAACACCAAUGGAAUGGAAAUUGGAAAAUUUUAUCAUCCUUGCCUUCAUGGAUUGGAAUUUUAAAAAAUCUGUACAAUUUUAGUCAUACAAUUUAAUUGUCACCUCUUCUGAAUCAAGUGAAAGUUCUCUCAGAUGAGAAUUUGAGAAACCUUGAAUAAUAUAGAGCAAAACCAACUCCACUGGUCCAAUAGAACCAUUUUGUUGGCAUUUUUUAAGACAGUUGUGCAAGUUUAGAAAAUAAAUCAUUGAAAGUUUCUCCUUUCACUUAUGGGUCACAGUGGAGAGCUGAGUAACACACCCAUCAUGCAUUAAUGGUUUACAAGUCACCUCUUUCUUGUUGUUGCGCGGAUCAAUGUGUAAUUAGUAUUGGAGUGCCAAUUUAGUAUCUCAACUUCAUGAGUAUAAAGCACAAUGCUAAUCUAACUUUGAAGUUGGAACUUCCUCAGAGAUUUCGGGAAUGAGAGGAAUGCCACACAGGUACAAGAUGUCUCUGAACUGUUAGAGCAGAGCAAAUCUGAUGUAGGAGAUUCUAAGAUCUGAAAUUGGAAGUUUUAUCACUUCCUUCAUUAGUGUAUGAAGUGGGCCAUAUGUUAACAUUCCUAACUAUUUUCUAGAACAUACACUACACGUUUUGUUUGUAUGCAUUGAUUUAUUUUAUCAGUUGUUUCAGUAUUCUAUAGGCACUAAUUAACAAACUAAUAUCAGAAUAAUUUGGAACCGGAAGCUUGGUGAGUAAUGUAGGGAUUGUUAAAUUUUUCUGCAGCUCAACUACUGAAGGAUGUAGAAAUGGCAAACUUCUAAUAGAAAGACAACAUACCAUAUAAGGGCACAACUGAAAAAUGUUUAAAAGUACAUCGCAGUUGUUAAAUAAACAAAUUAUUUGUUUUCAUUCUGCCAUUGUAUGUUGAAACAUAAAGAAACUGUGUUGUAAAUCCUCAACUGAAGUAUAGACAACUGGAAUAUGGGCACUCCAGACAGGAAUGAUGUGAAGGCCUUUGAAGGGAUAUAGAGGAGAUAUAUCUGGAUGUUUCCAAAGUAUAAAUGAUUUCAUCUGUGGGAAGUUGGAAACCUUAAGGCAGGCAAAGUUACAAGAUAGCCUAAAAAAUGUUUUUAAGAUGAUCUCUGUUUUGAUGGAAUUAGUAGAGGAAAAAAAUGGUUAGGAUGUCAAAGAUUAAAAUUCAAUGCUAAAAUGUCUAGAGGGAGAUUAGGAAGGACAUGUUGUUUGGAUCUGGAAUACUUUAUGUGAAAAGAUAAUAGAUCUUGCUUCUAAAAAUAUGUUUAAAGGAGUGUUGGUUAGCUACUUGACAAUGAGGAAAUAAGGUAAAAAUCAAAAACAGCUGUGGGAAUAAGCAUGAUGCUUCUUCUGCUGUCCACUGGCACAUCUUGUUUCUACAACCAUUCCAUAAUGUCUAAAUUUGUAUAGAUCUCACUUUAGAACAGAGACUUAGCAACAUGGGACAGAGAGCUCAUAACUAGAGUAACAUUCCUUUGGAGGGAAUAAAACCUCUAUUCCCUGAAACCUGUCUAUGUGUGGAAAACCGCUAAUUGAAUGUAUGUUGUUACUCAAGAGCUUGGAAACUAGAAAGGUCCUUUCGUCCCCUUGAGUGUGUUCCACCAUUCAUUUAGAUCUAUACAUCAAUUUUCUUUUAACUUGAUGAACUCCAAUUUAAUUAACAGUCUUGUUUAGCAAAACUCUGACCUUCAUCUUCUUCGACAGUAUUUUUAGGACAGAGAUCCAGAUUUCCCCUGUGCUUUAUAUGGGAGAAAGAAACAGCUUUCUUAGUUCAAUCCAAUUUUAAUGUCUUUUACUAUAUUGGAAUUUUAAAUGCAACUUAAAGGUUAAUUUUAAUAUUUUGCUGGUUACAUGGCAGAAAAACCUAUACUUUAAUAGUCCAAACCCAACUGAAUAGUAAUAAAAUGUAUUUAAAAAGAAGUGCUCAUGAAGUAACCUCUUAGUUUGAUAUAAUUUUGAUGGGUGUACAUUCCUGGAAACUCAUGUCUGCUUGCUCCUUAAGAAUUUUUAAUUUCACUCAGUUUCAGAAAUUCCUUCUUUGUCUCUUGGCUCUAGUUAUAAAUGUUUUUGAAUUACAAAGUUUUGCCUAAUGGGAAUCAGGGUCUCUCUCCCUAAAAAACCCUGUUGAACUGUUAAAGAUGAAGGUCAGCAAAGUUUUGUUAACCAAGAAUGUUAACCGUGUCACUGAAUAUUCGUGGUCACAAUGAUGUAAAAGACUUAGAAUUGACAGUAAAUAAUAAACAAAAUACUUUUGCUCUUAAUGGCAUUGAAUGUUGGAAUUACACGUCCCUCCAUCAGGCAUAUGUUUGAUAAUUUUUCAGCUAAAUAGCCGUUGUGACCAAGUUCCUUUCUAGUGGAAGAAAAAUCUGGGAAAAGGAUCUUCUUCAUCAAUCCAGACAUAAUUUUCUUCAUCAAUCCAGACAAAGUUAUCAGAGAGUACAAGGAAAGUUAUUACUGUAACACACUUUCCAAGAUAUGCAUAUUACACGUAACCUUAUAUUGCAAGUCACCCAAUUUAUCAAUAGUUGGGAAUAGGUUCAAUAAAAUUAUGGUGUGUGAUAUUCUUAACUAGUGACACUUGAACAUUGAAGAGCCAGUCCAUUUUGCAUCCAGUGAGAUUUUUUGAACUAUUAUGUCAUAUUAUUGGAUGCACUAGUUUAUAUUUUUUGUUUUGGUGCUGGUAAGCUAUGAGUAUGACAUCCUUGCAGCAUAUUGAUAGCGGUAUGCUGGGGACAAUAUUGUAGAUGAAAACUGAGGACAUAGCCAAUAAAGCUGAUGAGUGAGGUGGCAUGUGACAGGGUUGGUUUAAAUUUCUAGACAUUCUGUGUUAUUUUUCUUAUAUAUUUUCCCUAAGGAGGAGGGGUAGGUAGGGAUCAGGACUUUACUUUCUACAAAUACAGAAUCAACAUGAAAAUCUAUAAGUUGUAUAACAAAUGGGGAUGGUGCCUCUGGUAUUUGCAGGGAAUCUUUUUGAAUAUCUGAAGCCUUAAUGCAACUUGACAUUUUUGUUGUAAAUACUUGCACAUUGUGUGUUUAUAAAUUUACUAAACCAGGAUGGAAAAAAACUUCCCUCCAUCUUAUUUGUCUGCUUUUGCUGUAAUGAUCGCUUUUAACAAGAUUGGAUCUUGGAAUUUUCUUUUUUUUUGGGGGUGGGGGGCUGUUUGCACUUGUGUUUGGAAAAACAAUCAACUUACAACUGCUUUAAUACAGACAGAAAUGAGAAAAGAAACUUGCUGUGUUCCAUUGCAAUACACCCUCAAGAAAUUCAAAGUCGUGCCACCUAAAUGGGUACAGCACGUAAAAGAUUGUUCACUUUCACUCCCAGUUCCCACUGAUGGUUCAUUUGCAUAGUAUAAUGUUUACAAUGAUAUUAGAUGAUGCAGAUGGAGAAGGGCCCAGGUAUAAUUCUCAGUGUUCAGCUAAGUAGAUUUAAUUUGGCACAUAUGUUAUCUUCUCGUCACUGGGUUAAGGAGGGGAAAAUUAAUUCCUACUAUUGGGCUGUAUCUAUUCAUACUGACUGUGAACACAGAUAAUGUAUUUGUUGGGUGUAGGAAGGAUCAGGCUUAGCUCUGGUGCUCUGCAUCUUUCAGAAUCAGGUUUAUUAUCACUGGCAUGUGACGUGAAAUUUGUCAACUUAACAGCAGCAAUUCAAUGCAAUCCCUAUCUAGCAGAGAGAAAAAAAAAUAAACAAGUAACUCAGUUACGUAUAUUGAAUAGACUUUUUUAAAUGUGCAACAACAGAAAUUCUGUAUAUUAAAAAAAAAGUGAUGUAGUGCCCAAAGAUUUAAUGUCCAUUUAGGAAUCGGCAGAGGGGAAGAAUCUGUUCCUGAAUCACUGAGUGUGUGCCUUCAGGCUUCUGUACCUCCUACCUGAUGGUAAAAUUAGAGUGGAAGUGGGUCUUCUGGUUUCUUGGCCAACUCCACUGUUCAUGGUUGAUCUGAUAUAGGCCUCAAUUCCACUUUCUUGUUUUCCAUCAACCUUGAUCCUUCCAUAUUCUGCAAAUCUAUCAUAAGCUUAAAUUUUUAGUGACUUGGCAACCACAGCUUUCAGUCUAGAGAAAUUUGAAGAUUCACACCUUCUGAAAGAAAUUACUCUCAUCUCUAUCUUAAAAGGUUAACUGCCUUUUCUGAAACAUUUCAGCAUCUUUGUUGUCAAUCUUGUGGUCAGGAUCCUACAUUUUUUACUCAGAUUAUGUCUAAUUCUUUGUAUAGGCAUAACCCACUCAAACUUUCCUCAUGAGACAAUAGCUUCCUACCAGGAAUCAACUUAGUGAAUGUUCUCUGAAUUGUUUUAAAUACAAGUGCACCUUCCUUAAAUAUGGAGAUCCAUGCAAAAUCCCAGGAAGAUCAUCAGUUUCCUGUAUAGUUAGAAACAGUAUGUUAAGCUUUUGUAUUCAGCCCCUUUUAAAAUAAAAGGCAAUGUUCCUUUUGCUGCCUAAAUUGCUUGUAUUUGCAUGUAAAUUUUACUUCACCUAUGAGGACAUCCAGAUCCAACUAUACUGCAACAUUUAAAAUGAUAUUUUACUUUGCUGUUCCUCCUGUCAAAGUGGCUUAUCUAAAUUUUUUAUGCUUUACACUGCAACUGCCAACAUUUUGCCCACUCACUUCACCUUUCUGUAAACUUUUGAAAACUGACCUCCUCACAUUUUGCUUCCCAUCUCUUAUCCCAAUUAAACUUUCAGUAAUUAUCUAGCCCCAAUGUAAAGAAUACUUGUUUGGUGAAACACUAGAAAUUUUCUGCACCACUAAUCAAUAGAUUGGUACUGAUGGGAGAUGUGACCAGAUUGGGGGAAACUGACUUGGCUUAGAAGCUAAGGCAUUGGAGAAGGUGUUGGAAGUGAUUUACUAAAAGGCCGCUGGAUUGAAUGGUAAACUAUGUAUAAUCUUGGAAAAAUGUGGGUGGUUGUUCUCAGAGAGGAGAGAAUUGAGAAGAGAGAUGGAAGGAUAAAAAACCAGAUGCAGUAAGUUUAAUAUACUUAACGCAAGUGGUAGUGAUGGCGUGAGGGAAAAUGUAGAGAACAGGUUGUAAUUUUAAAGGCUCUGCUUAAAAGUAUAGAGGAAGCAGAUUUAAUAAUAAAAGCAAUUUUGAAAAAUGCCAGACGGGAUAAAUUGGAGAAGUAUAAUGUAAAAGCAUGGGAGUGGUACUGAAUCAAAUUUUCAAAUGUGCCAAAUUAUCUCUCUCAUACAGUAUGUGCCACUCAUUAGCCAAAUCUAGUGGGUCUAUGUAAAGUACAAAUUCGGAUUGUGGGUGAACAUUCAGAGUAGAAACUCGUAAUAUUUCUCAGAAAAAUGGAGGAGGAAAGAAGUACUUGUGACGUCAAUCUCAUUCUCCAAUUGUUACAAUGAAUUAAAAUAAAAGUCAUUUAGCUAAUGUGGAAAGGCAAUGGAAGUGCACUUGCUACUUUGAUUAGGACAUGAGCAAUAAAAAUAGCUUUCCCUCUGAAUCCAAACCAGAUUGAAGGAGUUUAAAAACAGAUUGUAAGGUAAGGGACAUGGCAUUUUGCUUCUUGAUUGGACUACAUUGAUAUAAAACAUUACAUAUCAGCAAAGAAAUGCAGACACUGACUUGAUAACUACCACAGUGCAGUCAGUCACCCAUUUAUAGAUUGUGUUGUGUCCUUGGUUAAAAUGAAACAAAAAACGCUCAUUGCUGAGAGGAUGGUGUAAUUUUGGAAAAAUAUACAAUUUAAAAAUUUUGCCCUUUUCAGCUUUAGUUAGAAAGGACACUCAGGAUGUGUGAUACAACCUUAACAUGACAAAUUAUUUAAAUUGUAAUAAGAUUUAUUGAGUAAAGUAGAAUAAUCCAGAACAUAAAUUCCAUCCCACCUGCUGAAAAUAUUUCCUUUAAUCUAUUGUAUUGAGAUUUAGUAAUCUAGUAUUUUGCCAAUGAUUAGAGAUGAAAGAUUAGAUUUAUUUGUCACAUGUCAAAGUGUCAAAACAUACAGUGAAAUGCAUCAUUUGCAUCAAUGACUACACACAGUCCGAAUUUUUUAUAUAUUUAAUGAUAUGUUUUUCUUUAAGAGAAAUGAAUGAUGCUGGAAAUGUGAAUUUCUGAUGGAAAAACUUCCGACUGGAAAUAUUAACUAUUUUCCCUUCCUCAGACUCCUUGACUUUUCCAGGGAGCUUUUAAUUUUAUAGCUUGAAGUAAUUAACCUUUGAGUGUAUUACACACCAGACCUUAGAAACUGAGCAAUACUCACAACAUAUUGGAUGAACUCAGCAGGCCAGGCAGUAUCUAUGGAAAAAAAGUACAGUCAACGUUUCAGACGGAAACCCUUUGGCAGGACUUACAAAUUGAGCCAAUAAUAUACUUAAUCCCUAUGUUUUAAACCAAUUUCUGGCAGUUUGAUUUCUUUCCAUUAUGCAUUAUGUAACAAACCUGAUGUGAUUUGAAAUCAUAUUUUGGAAAUAGUGAAUAGAGUUGGAGAGCAACACACAUCAAAGUUGCUGGUGAACGC